AUGUUACUGUUAGAUCACCUAGCAGAACAAUACAACUUAAAUUGGACACGAAACAAGGAUUGGCCGGGGAGCGUCGCGACAACCACAAUUUCAAUACAGCCACCACCACUACCGAAAAAAACUAAACAAAAAAAGCCAAAACAAGAUAAACAUUUGUGUGAAGAUAGUAAUAACAGUAUCUAUGUACCUCGAAAACCCUCAUCUGAAACCGAAAACAAUGUAUUGAUGGUUAACGAGAAUCAAUUGAAUGACAAUAGUAAUGGUGUAAAAACAUCACUGUCAUCAUUAACAAUACCGAAAAAGAAGAAUGAAAAAGUUUUACCGGUUUCUUCGUCGCCAAUAAUACAAUUAGACUUGACUUUAAUGAAACCGAGGCUAUUGAUGAAUAUCAGUGGGAGAUCAGUUAGUAAAGCAGUCAAAGAGCUUGGUUUUUCACUUUCAAAUGUCAUUGUUAUUCAUGAUGACAUGGAACGCGAACUCGGAAAAAUGAGUAUCAAAAAUGGAGGAAGUGCAAAUGGCCACAACGGAAUAAAAUCUCUAAUUGAUUGUCUAAGAACAAAUCAAUUUCGUAGACUCCGAAUUGGUAUUGGUCGACCGUCCUCAAUCAGCCGUUCGCAUAACGUAGUCUCAGACUACGUGUUGAGUCACAUCGACUCUACAGAAAUGCAGAGAUACAAAUCUGACGUGUUCCCAAGAUGCCAACAAGAACUAUUCAAGUUUUGUGCAGAAUCAAAGAAUAACAUCAACGAAAUUUAA